UUUUCUACAUAUUAAUGAUUGUUAAAGAAGAUUAUAUGCUUAUUUGUGUUUAGGUGAUGGAUUAGUAAAGUAGUUCUCUACAUCGACUGAGCUACUGCGGUCAACAAUUUCAUGUUAUAGAUAUCUUUCUGUGUUUUGUCCUGUUUCUCUCUGGGAAAUGGCAGUUGGAUUAGACUUUAAUGGCACUGUGUCUAGCCUAGUGAAAGAUGAGGUAGAGGAGGGCAAGGUUGUAGUAUAAAUUACUCAAACAGCCAGGCAAUAUGUCUGUAAUCUGAAACAAAUUGCUCAGAAAUUGUAUUUGGCGAAGGAAUGUCUUCAGGUUAUUACUAUGCACAUUACAAGAUUUUCAGUGGUAAAAAAUGAAUCACUGAGAACUAAGUAAAACUAGCUAAAUUCUUAAUAGAUAGACAUAUGUGGUGUUUUUGCUCUAUAACUUGUUCCAGUUUGAUUCACCCUCUGCUUCUGUGAUAUCUGAUGCCAGGAACCCUACACUUUGUUACCCUCUGCAAGGCUAGUAGUUUAUUUGUUAACCGAGUUGGGAAGUGACAUUUGAUCACUUUGGGUAACUAGAGACACAUGAGACACAUUUCAAUAAGUAUAAACUGAACUUUUGUUUACUUGCUACAAAGCUCAGAAAGCGUGGGUAAACCCAGCACUGACGUCACAGGAAAUGAAAAUGUUUGUGGUUACAGUUAGCUAUAGGGGGAAGUGAAACUGUUGUCUCUGUCACUUACAAGCUACAAAUGGAUAAGUUUAAGACGGUUCUGAAUAUUGCCAGCAAACAGACCAACCUUGGUUUUGGGUUGGUUGCUUUGAUGACAGCUGGAGGAGAGCAGAUCUUCUCGUCAGUGGCAUUUAAGUGUCCCUGCAACGACCUGAACUUCCUGUAUGGCAUGGUCUUCCUUUUGGUACCAGCGCUUGCUUUGUUGCUGCUAGGCUACAUUCUGAGUAAGAAGAUGUGGAAGCUGUUAACAGGUCUAUGGUACAACAGGGCAAAGCUGUGUGGCUGGAAAAACCUGGCUGUCACUUGCAUGGCUUUCUUCCAGAUCAGUUCCACGGCACUGGUAGCACCGUCCAGCUGGAUUGCUGUUGCUCUGCUUAAUGGUAACUAUUAUGAGUGUGCAAUGAGUGGGAUUAAUGUGAGUCUUUACAACCAGCACGUGUGCAGAGAUGUGAAUACUGACUUGGACUGUGCAACGAAGCUUCACAUGUUUCCUUGUGAUAAACGUCACGAAGAGGUUCUUCGCAUAUUAAGAUCUCAGUCUCAGAUUCUAGGUUGGCUUGUCAUCACCUCCGUCAUGUUGUCCAGCUUACUGAUUAUCUGCUUGGCUCGGUGCAACUCACCCAUCAGCUACCAGCAGCUGAAGUUCUGGAUGGCAUAUGCUCAGGAGGAAAGUGACCUCAUGGAUUUAUACACCAAUAAACAUGCCAAAGAGCUUGCUGAGAGAAACCUAAAGAGCUUCUUCAACCAGACAGACCCAGAAAAUGUCAUCACUCCCUCCAACAAGGACUGGGAGAAAAUUUCCUCUUUGUAUAAGUUUAGCACCAAGGAUCACUUCUACAGCACUUUGCAUCGAUAUGUGGAGACAAACCUGGAGGGUGAUGAUGGCAUUAGGAUGGUUUCAGUAAGGUCGAAUGAGCAAACUGACAACCCUGCUGUUCUUCAUUUUGUGGAUGGUGGAAUGGUUUCAAUGUGAGAAGGAAUUUCAAGAACAAAAUAGUAUACAAGACAAAUUGUAGAGGAUAUGUGUCCAAACAACAAUAACUACUAAAGAUGCAAAUGUAUUUGGUUUGUUUGAAGUUUUUUUUAAAUCUUGUUUUAGUUUUGUAUUCUUGGGUAACCAAGUUCUGCAUUUCAACUUAUUCUUGAAUUUGAUCAUAUUUUUCUCGGUAUUGUUUCAUAUAUCCCUGUGUUUUCCUGAUGAUUAUUUUAUUAAGCAAUUAAUUCCUGAUGAAUUCCUUACCUCCAUCUGCUGCUGAACAUCAGAAUUCAGUCCCUUACUUUCGAUCAAAUUAGCAGUUUCUGUAUGUGUAUAUAUAUAUAUAGACAGACGGACGGACGGACGGACGGACGGACGGACGGACGGACGGACGGACGGACGGACAGACAGACAGACAGACAGAC